UUUCAUAAUACAUCCCUCUUAGAUUGCAUAAAUAAAGCUUACUGAAAAAAAAGAGAAACGGGAAAUUUUUGCGUAAAUAUAUGUUCCUGAGUGUGAUGUGUUGUAUAUCACAGCCUUGAAUAGCUGUCUGCAGGGCAUCCAGGGCACAGAGUUGGGUACCCGUGUAGUGUGUGUUGUAGUGUAUCAUAACUUUGAGUGUUGGACGAGAUACUGGUGUGUUGUUGAGUGUAAAAUACCUGCUGAGUGAAGUACAGCUGGUUAGUAAAAGGUAGCGUAAUAUUACUGAUUCCGGUUGAUACUGUGAGUGCCUCCGAAAACUAAAUACCGGUGCAACGGUGGGACUGCAGAAGGACCGAGAGUAACCAAGGCUGUUAACAUUUGGUGUAGGGUUGUCUGCUGGUUCUGUGGCUGAGAGUUAGUGAACCAUUCAGUCCCACUAAAAUGUUGGUGAUGUGAUGAACAAUUAUAAGAUUGCUAAGACGGUAUAAGUAUGAAAAGCUGAUAAUAAAUAUAGGUAAUGCGGAAGAUGAGGCUGUGUACCAGAGGUCACUGACCUGCCCUCGAGACCUCAGACUGUGACUGUCUUCCGACCUGACUGCCAGUCUCCACGACCCAGGGCUCAAAGAGGCACCAGGAACACGCUCCUCUUGCAGUUUACGCCGUGUCCGGCCUUCUCAUCAUGUGGACCAGAUUGUGGAUUACGGUGACUGUGCUGAUGAAGACUUCGACGGCGGGGUUUCUGACGGAGCCAACUACAGGAGACGCGCUGCCGUCGAUCUACGAGUACGCAGAGGCCGUGUGUCCCUGCGUGAGGCAGCAUCAGUGUCCUGCCUACUAUGGUUCGUCUCCCCUCGAUAUCUUGAACUACGGCAACCUGCCUCCUUGUCUCACCUACGGGAGGUUCCGCUGUUGCAAAAAUUCUGCCAUCACUGAUGUCUUGAUCCAGCCCCAGGUGGAUCAUGGAACUCUUGCUGGAGGAACAUUCGGGGACAUAAUUAACCAGGGAAGUGACUUCAGUUCUGGAAGCAGCACUGCUGUUGUAGAUGGAAUUAGUUUUGGAAGUGACUCUAGUCUCGGAAGUAGCAUUGAUUCUGAUAAUAGCACAAUCAUUGGAAGUGGCGUUAAUUCUGGAAGUAACAUAAGUUCUGGAAGUGAAAUUAGUCUUGAACAAAACAAUAUAUCUGAAAGUGAAAUUAGUGAAGGUGUAAGCAUUGUCUCUGGAAGUAAAGACAUCAUAUCAAGUGAGAGAAACAACACUACAGAGUGUGAAAAAACUGAGAGCAGUAUUUCAUCCUCUUCCGAUGUCUCCAGUCAACACGUACCAACUAUGGAGGAUGGAUACUCGCCGCCUCCAGGUCACAGUUCACCAAUAAUAUUCUGCUUCUUCUUGCUUCCGGGAUUUACUGUCGGUUCUUCUCUAAGCCAACAUCACCUCAGAUCCAUUCAGAAAAUUCCUAGUGAUGAGCUGAACUCUUCUGGAAUAGACCAGUUAUCAACAUCACAGCAUGAUACAUUUCCUAAGCUUCAGAAUAACUCACAGAGCUCAGGAUCACAAGAAAGUGAGCAAGAACUCCAUCAGAUGGAAAAUACCACGCAACAAAAUAUCGUCCUCUCCUAUGGUGAAUAUCAAGGAAGCAACCAUGAAGUCGUCACCAUUAGCUCUCUUCAUUCAGUGUCAAUUCAUCCUGACGAUCUCAAUAAGAUUCAUCAAAGCGUCAACGUCUAUGCGGAAAUCAAUGCUACACUACCACUGAGUCAGUCGCUGGACCAUCCGAGAAACCUCAAACAAAAUUUACCCAUCUCAGUAAAGGAACUUGGUCUUCCAACAGUACCUACCACUCCUCCCACCUCACAGCCGCACUGGCAACCACUUUUCAGAAGUUAUCAUGUCACUCGAAAUCCGUUAUAUUAUUCUGCCUUCUACAACCAGAGGCAGAAUCCCAGCACCUCGAACAGCAACCAACCUCACCCAAGGCUGUGGCACACUACAACACACCCCAGAUAUAGCCUUAGCACCUCGCUCAACAACCAACCUCAUUCAAGGCUGUGGUAUGCUGCAACACACCCCAGAUAUAGCCCUAGCAAUUCGCCCAGCAACCAGCCACACUCUAGGCUAUGGUACUCUACUAGACAUCCCAGACAAAGCCUGAACUCCUCGCCCAGCGACCAGCCACACUCAGAGUUGUGGAACACUAGAAAACACCCCAGAAAACGCUCCGUCACGACCACUCACAGAAUUUCACCAAGACAACAUCAGCUUGAGUUUCCCACUUCGCUUUAGUUUCAAUAAUCUUUAUUUGGUUACUCUAUAAGUUUAUUGUAAUUGAGAAAAAUAAGAAUUUUCAAUUAACCUAGCAUUCCAUAGCAUUCGUAUCAACUUAAACAUAAAAAAAUAUUAUUGCAGUGUUAUUACUGAAUCUAAACCUGCUAAGAAUAUUUAUAAAUGUUCUAGAACAUGACCAAGAGAGAGAGUCGGAGUUUAGUAGGUCUUAAAGUGGCAAAAGAAACGUAAACUAAGAAAAAACUAGUGCUGGUUUUCGCAAUCUUCUGUAUAUAAUAAUAAUAAUAUUUAUAAUAAAAAUGCUUUUUGGAAUGAUAGCAG